GUCUUUUGCGUUACACUUUCACUGUGUAAACAGUUGCGGAUGAUAUCUUCACCGUUCAUUCUCUGACCUUCUCUCUCUACUUUCCUUAUUUUCUUGUUUUUCGACCCAUUUCCUUUCAUUAGUCUUCAUUGUAAGCACCAUUUUCACACUCACUCUCUUUCUCUCUACACUUUCCUGGGGUCUCAAUUUUUAGUUUCUAUAGAUAAUGUUCUGGAAGAUGGAGUCUCUGUUUGCUCUUACACUUCUGGUCUUAGUAGCAGAAGUUUCUUUUGUUGCUGCUGAUGAUGAAGCAUUCAUUGGUGUUAACAUAGGAACAGACCUUUCUGACAUGCCUCACCCAACUCAAGUAGUGGCCCUCCUCAAGGCUCAGCAAAUCUGGCAUGUCCGGCUCUAUGAUGCUGACCGUGGCAUGCUAGUUGCACUUGCAAAUACAGGCAUUCAGGUCAUGGUCUCUGUUCCCAAUGACCAACUUCUAGGAAUUGGUCAAUCGAAUUCAACUGCUGCUAAUUGGGUUUCGCAUAAUAUUGUAGCUCAUUACCCAGCUACAAACAUCACAGCCAUUUGUGUAGGUUCUGAGGUUUUCACCACCAUACCCAAUGCAGCGCCAGUCCUUGUCAAUGCCAUGAAGUACAUUCAAUCAGCCCUUGUUGCAUCCAAUCUAGAUCGCCAAAUCAAAGUUUCAACACCCCUUUCUUCAUCUAUUAUCCUCGAUUCCUUCCCACCAUCCCAAGCCUUCUUUAACCGCUCAUGGAAUCCUGUUUUGAUUCCCAUGCUCAAUUUCUUGCAGUCUACAGGGUCACACUUGAUGCUCAAUAUAUACCCUUACUAUGACUAUAUGCAAUCAAAUGGUGUGAUUCCAUUAGAUUAUGCACUCAUGAAGCCUCUUGCUCCAACCAAGGAAGCUGUUGAUGCUAACACACUUGUUCACUAUUCUAAUGUCUUUGAUGCCAUGGUUGAUGCUGCAUACUUCGCCAUGAAUUUUCUGAACUUCACUAACAUCCCUGUCAUGGUAACUGAAUCUGGCUGGCCAUCUAAAGGUGAUACUAAUGAGCCGGAUGCAACUCUAGAUAAUGCCAACACUUACAACAGUAAUUUGAUUAGGCAUGUGCUGAACAAAACUGGAACCCCCAAUCACCCUGGAAUUGCUGUUAGUACAUACAUUUAUGAGCUGUAUAAUGAAGAUUUGAAACCCGGGCCAGUCUCAGAGAAGAACUGGGGAUUGUUUAACGCAAAUGGGGAGCCUAUUUACAUAUUGCAUCUGACUGGGGCUGGCUUAGUGCUAGCUAAUGACACUACGAACCAAACUUACUGCACUGCAAAGGAAGGCGCUGACCCAAAGAUGCUGCAAGCUGCUUUGGAUUGGGCUUGUGGACCUGGCAAGGUUAAUUGCAGUGCUAUAUUGCAGGGUGAACCAUGUUACGAACCAGACAAUGUGAUUGCACAUGCAACUUACGCAUUUAACAGUUACUAUAGUCGGAUGGGGAAGGCUCCUGGGACAUGUGACUUCAAUGGCGUGGCUGCUAUCACCACUACAAACCCGAGUCAUGGUACCUGUUUAUUCCCAGGAAGCACCGGCAAGAUAAACGGUUUUGGAAACAUUACAGCCCCAUCAAUGAAUUCCACGAGCUCAGCUCCUCCUGCCCAAAAUUUGUAUAACCUCGGUUCUAUGAGCUUCUUGCUUCUCAGAGUUCUCAUCUGUAGCAUAGUUUUCUUGUAAACUGGUAUGUGCUGAAAUCUUUUGCAACCCUAAAAAUUUUGUGGCAGUUUAUUCUACUAGGUGGAAGUGUUUGUUCUACUAGGUGGAAGUGUUUUCCUUUCUCUUGGAGGAGGUUUAGGCGUAGAGGAAUUGGGGCAUUGAAUUUUUGUACAAAAGAAACUGGAGAAGAGCCAGAAUAUAGUUUGGCAUCAACUGGAUUAUUAUUCUUUAUAAUGCAAAGAUGUGAUAUCCUUCUAGUAUAAUAA